GAUGAACUCUUCUCCUCGUGAGUUCAUCCCGACCGCUCAGUCCGUGCUGGGGAAUCUGCUGGCUCGCUUACUUGUGGAUUUCCAGAGCUCACACUGAAAGAAUGCUCUUCUUCCACAGUGCCGGCGCGCGCUUCGUUCCUUCUUUAUUAUUAAUCUCGUUUGAGAAUCGCUCUAACCGGUCGGACUGAAGUUUUCAAGCGAUGGAUCCAGUAACGAGGUGGACACCAAAACAGGUUGUUGACUGGAUGAGGGGUCUGGAUGACAGUCUACAACAGUAUGUGCACAACUUUGAGAGAGAGAAGAUUAACGGCGAACAUCUACUGAAGAUCUCCCACCAGGACCUCGAGGAACUGGGCAUUGCCCGCAUUGGCCACCAGGAACUGGUUUUAGAGGCCGUAGAUCUCCUCUGUGCUCUGAACUAUGGUGUGGAGACGGAUAACUUGAAGAACCUGGUGCUGAAGAUGAGAGCUGUGACCAAAAGCCUUCACACGGCGACAUCAGAACGAAGGAAGAGCCCUACAUAUGAAAGCAACACGUCUAGCAAGCUCCCGAACGAAUUCCUGUCCUCUGUGGUUGAACUUAUCGGAGCAGCCAAAAGCCUCCUGGCAUGGCUGGACAGAACUCCAUUGACGGGGAUCAGUGACUUCACCACCACCAAGAACAAAAUCAUUCAGUUGUGUCUGGACCUGACCACUACAGUGCAACAGGACUACGCUAUCUACGACAUGGAGGAGAAGAUUUUGGAUGUUUCAAAGGUAUUGAACGGUAUUUGCGACCAGACCGUGAGAACCACCUCUGAUCCUCUCAUGAGCCAGUCAGCAUGUCUGGAUGAAGUUCAGCUGACCAACAUCAAACCAGGAGAGGGACUGGGCAUGUACAUAAAAUCCACCUACGAUGGACUUCAUGUCAUCACUGGCACCACUGAACAUUCCCCAGCAGAUAUGACGCGCAAGAUCCAUGCUGGAGAUGAAGUCAUCCAAGUCAAUCAGCAGACAGUGGUGGGUUGGCAGCUUAAGAACCUGGUUGCUAAGCUGAGAGAAGACCCUAAAAGUGUGGUGCUCCUUUUAAAGAAAAGGCCCACAGGAACCUCAGGAUUCACCCCAGCACCUCUCAAAAACAUGCGCUGGAAACCGCCCGUGCCUCAGAGCUCCACGUCUCCUAGUAAGAGUCAGUCAGACAAUUCUACCAAACUCUGCGGUAGGAAGGACAAGCCAGCCAUACUGGACCUGUACAUCCCUCCACCUCCAUCAGUGCCUUACACGCCACGGGAAGUACGGAACAGCUCGUACACCAGCCUUAAUGUCAGGCCCAAAGGCUCUGAGUCUCCAAACUCCUUCCUGGAUCUGGAGAGCCACCGGCGCUUCACUAUUGCAGACUACGACAAACUGUCCGUUCAACCACUUGAGGUCAACGUACAGAUGCGUCCAAGGGGAAGAUCCUCAUCACAAGGUAAACCAAGACCUCUGUCAAUGCCUUCGGAUACGUGUUUGAGCGUGGCAGACCUGUACGCAAAGCCCUGGACUCAGGGACGGAAAGGUGAAGAUCUUCUGUACAGAUACCUAAGCAACGAGCGCAUACCGACUAUCGCCGAGGAGGCCCCGGGCCCAGGCUCGUCUUACAAGUUCACCGCCGAAAGACCCGCUUAUGGGUCCGACUACUCGCGAAACAGCCGAUUCCUUGUCGCCGCGGAUCUACACAACACCGCCACCAUACCCUAUCAAGAGGACUUAGUCAAAAAGACCCCCAUGACCUCCACCCCCAAACGGCCCCCCGCGGAGCCCUCGCUACUGGUCAGUUGGAUCACACGGCUUAAGCUAUUGACUCACUAAUGUCAGCUUGCCUUCACCCUUUGUCCAGCUGUGUGCGGUGACUCUUUUCUCAUGUACUUUUUCAUGCUUUCACUCUCCUUUUCUCGGGUAUUUCUUUGCGCCUCUUAUUUGUCUACAUUACCGCUCGACUAGAAUGCGUCUAAAAUGACUAGAAUUGAAAGGUUUGGAAACACGUGGGCAGAAUUGAGAUACAUUAUCUCUGCUUUACUCAGCGGUCUUUUGGGAAACAAUGACUCGUACGCCGCAGUGUUAAUUCGCAUAUUAAGCCACUUGAAAAUGUCUAUCUACCUCAGCACUUUCCUCGGUGGAAUCCUUGAAACUCCAAGCAUUCAUGCAACAGUAGUGCAUAGUUUAUGGAUGGAGAAAAUCCCAUUCCUAUUAAGCCCUAUGUCUUUCCAAACUAUUUAGUCAACUAAUUUCUAAUUAGAGAAACAAAAACGCAUCCUGCUGUUUCUCUUGUCUUUGCGCUUUGGAUGUAAAACCUUCAAUAGAUGUAAUUGGAGGGUUCAGCAAACUUUCUGUUUUCCAAGGUUUCUAUGAGUUUCAUCAUGGUUACAUUUUAUUGCUUUCUUUGUGUGUUAAGAGUAUGUUUUUUGAGUAAGUUAUUUUUGUUUUACACCAAAGGAAAUACGCAUUUUAUUUUUUUAUUUUUUUUUUUUUUUUUUGCAUUUGCGGUAAUGGGCUUUGCGUUUGCGGUAUGUACAUGCGUAUAUUGAUUGGAUUUUUUUUUUUUUUUUUUUUUUUUUUUUUUUAUGCUUACAGCAUUUUUUUCUCCUUAUUUUUUAAGGUAUAGUUCACUCAAAGAGGAAUUCUGACAUAAGUCGUUCCAGAUCUGCGGUGUUUAUGCAUUCGCAGGUUUUCCCAACGUUAAUAUUCUGCACCGUAAAUUGAAUUUUUAGGGUAUUAAAAAGAACGGCUCAGACGUUGUUCGAAAAUGUCCUUUUGUGUUCCACAACGUAGAGAAAAUGAUAAGGGUUUUUGAAUUAAGGGUAAGUGACUUAUGGCAGCUUUCUUAGCUUGUCACUGUAAAAUGCUUUUUAGUCAUAGCUGAUGGCAAAUUAAUGUUUGAUUGAGGAAUCGGUCGCGGUUACAGGCUCUGGACCUUCCAGAUAAAUAAGAUUGAGCACUGUAGUAAUCACAGAUCUUUCAAAGGUAAACUCUGACAUCGGCUGUAAUGUUGUUUCCAAUGAAUGCUGGGUUUUAUAUCAGUAUUUUGCAUUGCUGGAUUAUGCAGAAGGGAUUAUGUCAUAUUUUCUUUUGUACCAAACAUACAUUUUGUACCCCAUUAGUUGCUUUUUUCCAUUAAAGCUGCUGUCCCAGAUGUUUUUGUGUUGUCUUCACUGAAUUAUCCGGUCGUCUUCAUUAAAAAGACGCAGAUGCGGGUGAUCUGUAAUAUUCUAGCGCUGACUAAAGAUUUCGAAACUGAAAGAUUUAAAUAGAAAAGUGAUUUGUAUGCAGCGACGUGGAAGGUACAAUGGUAUCCUAAAUGUUUAUGAAACCAUGUUCAUGCCAAGUGAAGUUUGUUUGAAAUGUGCUGAUCUUAAGUAAAAAUGACAGUAAAAAUGUGUACCUAUGGUAAUAAAUUAAAAGUAAAACGAUAAUUGUUCCUUCUUAAAACGGCUUUAAAUCUUUGCAUUUUCACACCCGGUGUCAAUUGUGAGCUCCGAACAUUGUGAACGACUUCGAGAGAGAGUACUUUUCUCUUAGUUUCCGUUCCUUUUACGGUUUUUCUAUCUAUUUCUGCGACCUGCCUGUAUCUAUCAUUUCAACUAAUAAUUUUACUCAAUGUUUCAUUCAUACUGACAUCUUCGAUCUUCCCGUGUUUGUUGCUUCGCCCUCAAAAUCUGAAACCUGCUUGUCGCUUUAUUGAAGAAAUGCAUUGAUCCUUGAGUAAAAUAGCAAAUAAGCAACAGGCGUGGAAUGCAAAUGGACUCAUAUUUAGUGCUAUGCAAUAAUAUUCACGCACAGUGUAAUAUAAUAUCAUAUAAUUAAUGCUGUCAAACGAUUAAUCGCAUCCAAAAUAAAGGUUUUCGUUUCCUUAAUACAGUAUAUGUGUGUUUACUGUGUAUAUUUAUUACGUAUACACACACACAUGUGUUAAUAUGUAGAAAUAUACAAACAACAUGCGUGCGUAUACGUAAUAAAUAUACACAGAUUAUGCACUUUUUUUCAUCAAUUUUGAAUCGUUUGACACCACUAAUUACAUGCAUGAAUAUUAUUGCUUGUUUUGUGACUGAUGCAUGGGAAUGCGUAACUUUUUGCUCUUCUCUUUUUUUUAUGAGAUACACUUUUUAUGAUACACAAUCAUUAGCCUGUAAACUGUAGCUUUGGAGAGAGUCCCCUCCAGGGUGCACAUUGGCUUCUACGUGAACUCUUCGCUCAAGAAGGAACGGGAUGAAUUGGGAAACGUUGAAGUGGAGCGCAGAGCUCAGUGGUCUUGUCCGUGA